UCUUUGGUGUUUUGAGGGGCGUUGAGAUGGCGACUGGGGUUGGGGUUGGGCAUGUCAUGUGUUUCUUGCUAAAUGUUUGAGCGCUGUCACCGUGUUGGCCCUUGCAAUGGCAUGUAAUGAAACGAAUUGAAAUGAUAUCAACAAUGUAAUCAGCAACCAUCUCACACUCGGUGAUUGAGCAGAUGACCGCGGAACAGAAUGCAGCAACAAACUUACGUACUUACCAUUUACCCACUCAACACGCAAAACACCCACACAAACCCAAAGACGAGUCGAAGAACACAGAUACCCACAACUACCUCCGUCACCCACCCAAUCCCAACACGAAAACCUCAACAGCACCAGCAAAACCUCGCCCGAGACCCUCCAAAGCUUCAACAACAGCAGAGGAAAGCGCGAUUCGACAAAAAGCAAAAGCAAAAAAGAUUCCGAAACGGGGAAUUGAACCCCGGUCUCCCCGGCGCUAUCGUUUCUGAUGAGAGCGGGGUAUCCCACGCUCCGUAUUAGUAAGUUAGCGUUUAGUAAACGUUAUAAACUUUAAACUUAGAAAC